AUGGCUGGUAGCUACAACUAUGUUACACAUCAAGCAAGUAAUGGUAAUACUGCAAAUUCCAAUAUAAAUAAAUGGAUUGCAGACGGACUUAAUUCUGCUCUUGUAAAUAUUAAAAAUAACGACAGAGAAGAAAUAACAUACGACAAUCACGAAGAUAAUUGGAAGACUGCUUCUUCUGCUCUUGGCAAACAUCAAUAUGUUGAUUAUAACGAAGAAAAAGAUGAAUUUGUGUCAAAGCAAGGAUUUGGUCUUACUGCAAAAGACGAGUCAAAAGCAUGGGCUGUUGGUGAUGGUUCAGAAGUUGAAUCUGAACCUAGUAAUGAAAAUAACUCAUACUACUACUCAGAGCGUUCUCGUAUCUAUAGGGAUUUUGAGGUUCAGCUUCAAUGGCUUGAUCCUACAAACGUUGCUCAUGUAGAUAUUCUUGAAAAAGAAGACGAUGUUUAUAAAGAGGAUUAUCAACGUUACUCACUUCCUGUUACUUCACCACUAAAUAGAUAUGCUGGUGAAAUAGAAAUGAAACUUGUAUUUACUAUGGUUGAUUAUGAGAAUCAGAAAAAAUAUAAGUUAGAGUCUGAUACUAUUUGUGUAGAGAUUGCAACUAUUAAGGAUUACUAUGCUGUAAUGCCUGAUGAGAGCUUCUCAUAUAUUGAUGAUAAAGUAAGCGAGCUUAAGGCUAUAGCAGACCAAAUGAAUGCUGAUGCUCAGGUAUUUAUGGAGACAAAGGCUGAUAACAUUACUCUUAAUCAAACAACUAAUGAAUUACAGCUUACUGCUCUCGAUAAGAAGAUUGGUGACCCAGUUGUAAUUGAUUUAAUUGAUGAAGCUGACAAGGAGCUUGAUGAACUUGAUGGCAAAGUUGAUGGCGUAAUUGACUUGGAUGAUAUUGAUUGGGAAAAUGUAAAUUUAUAG